AUGCCCCGCAGUCGUCGAUCUAAAAAUACCUCGGCCGUCGACAAUCCACCGUCUCCUCCUUGGUCCGAGAAGAACGGAUCGGUCGCCGACCAGCAGCAGCAUGGACCACCGCCAGUGACGACUUCUCCAGCCAGCUCUUCGGCCAGUCCUCAUCCUGCCGACCCCAUUCAGCCGUCGCCGGGUUGGGACGAGGACGAGGAGAUGCCAGAAGAGACGACGCAUACUGUUGACAGCGAGAAACCCUUGCCGCGUGCAGGCUACGCCGCAGGGGCUGGCGGCUACAACAGUCUCAAAUCGUACAAAGGCCAGGUCUACUCUGGAAUGGCGGUCGGCGGCUCCCACACGUGGAAUUACGAUCCGGGCGUCUGGAAGGAGACGAAAGAAGAGCCGGAUCUGUGGAGGAUCAACUACCGGACGAACAAGCGGCGGGCGAAGAAUGCCCCCGAUGGAAGUGGUGCGCCCGUCGGGACAGAGUACCACUGGCUGAUUGUCGGUCAUCAGUUCGUUAAGAAGAUCGACGCCAAUACCUACGAGACCAACCUUACGGGCUCCAAAUACAAACUGGCGUACAAGUCCGCCUCGUCGAACGCAUGGUCGAUCCCGACGGUGAAGAAGCAACGCGACCGAGAAAUCGAGCUGCUGGAGGACGCCCGACAGCGGGUGCAAGGGCUGCCGCCUGUGUUGGCAUCCGAGAAGGUCAAGGUCGAGAAGCACGAAAAGGGCCAGCAGAAGCUCGAUCGCAUGUUCUCCAAACAGGGAUCAACAGGCACGGGAAGUAAAAAAAGAAAGAUCGACGACGAUGAGGGCGUAUGA